AUGGGAACUAUACAUCUUGCUAAUAAUCUCUUUCAAAAACUAUUGCAAUUAAAUUAUUAUAUUACAACUAUUGAAUCGUGUACUGGGGGACUCCUGGCAAAUCUAAUAACAGAUAUUUCUGGAUCUAGCCAAGUUUUUUGGGGUGGUCGAGUGGUUUAUGAUAAUAAGGCCAAAAUUGCAUUAGGUGUUAAACCUUCAAUCAUUGAAUCUUAUGGUGUUGUAUCUUAUGAAACUGCACACUCUUUGGCUGAGAAUGGUGGUGUUUGUUGGAUAGGAAUUGCUUCAAGUAAUAAGGAUACCAUUUUUUAG